GGGGCGGGCACCGUGAAAAACGUCGCCCACCCGCCCGCGCCGCCGCCGCCGCCUCAUGCCGUGGCGCCGUCCUGCCGCCGGCCCAGGGACUUGCAUGGCCGGGCAUGGGGAGCGCUGUACCCUCCCCCACCCCCAGGGCUAAGCCGCCGCUCGCCGCUUUGCGGCGGCUGCUCGCCGCACUGGGGCUGCUGCUGUUGGGCGCAGGUGACUGUGAGCUACACACAUCUUGUGGAAUCCAGAAGUGCACCACUGAUUUUGUAUCCUUUACUUCACUUCUAAACUCAGCUCUUGAGGACUUUGAUUUGGAGUUCUGCAAGGCCCUGCGGGCAUACUCUGUGUGUACCUAUCGCAAUGCCAAAGUGUGCCGUGGAAACCUAGUCUACCAUUCUGCAGUGCUUGGGAUCGGUGAUCUCAUGACCCAGAGAAACUGUACCAAAAAUGGACCCACAUCCUCCACCAACUCUGAAAUGACCCAUGAUCCUUGCAAUUACAGUGGCCACACAGAAGUGAGAGAACAUCAAGGGGGAGAGAAGACAUCUCCUCCUACUUACCUGUUUUGUGGCUUGUUUGGGGAUCCUCAUCUGAGGACUUUUAAGGAUCACUUCCAGACAUGCAAAGUGGAAGGCGCUUGGCCCCUUAUAGACAAUAAAUACUUAUCAGUGCAAGUGACCAAUGUGCCUGUGGUCCCAGGAUCCAGCGCUACUGCUACAAACAAGAUAACUAUUAUCUUCAAAUCAUACCAAGACUGUACAGAUCAGAAAGUAUAUCAAGCAAUGGCUGAUGACUUGCCUGCAGCUUUCGUUGAUGGUACAAGUGGAGGAGAUGAGAACACCAGGAGCUUGCACAUUGUGGAGAAAGUUGGUGGCAAAUAUAUUGAGAUGCAUGCAAGGUACAUCGGGACCACGGUGUACAUCCGCCAGCUCGGGCACUACCUGACCCUGGCCAUUCGCAUGCCUCAGGAGCUGGUCAUGGCCUAUGAGGAGAGCCAGGAUCUGCAGCUGUGUGUGAAUGGCUGCCCUUCCAGUGAACGUAUUGAUCAAAGUGGCCACUUGCCGAUGCCUGUGAUGGGAAAGCUGCUUCCUUGGAGUGCUGUGUCUCAUUCCCAAUCAGGGUACACACUAGAAACAGCCACCACCAAAUGCCAUGAGAAGAUGCUUGUGAAGGACAUCUAUUUUUACUCAUGUGUAUUUGAUCUACUCACCACUGGCGAUGCCAACUUCACAGCUGCUGCUCACAGUGCUUUGCAGGAUGUGGAGGCACUGCACCCCAGGAAAGAGCACUGGCAUAUCUUUCCCAGAAGUGGAGAUGAUGGUGUGGGCAGGGAUAGCAAAUUCUUUGUCAGUCUUGGACUUCUGUGCUUGAUCCUUGUUGCAUAUUUUUUUUAGACUCUUAAAAAAUUUUUGAAAUACAUAUUGUCAUAAUAUAUUGAGUAAAGAGGAAUACAUAUGUAUAUACCGUGUAUAUGAAGGGAUGUUUUGUCUUGGGGCACCAAUCAGAUAGGAUGUUAACUGUUUUCAUGUUUGUUUGAUUCAGUAUUCUAUGCAUCUAUUUGUUUUACAGUUGUUGAAAAGUUUUAUAGUGUCCCUGCAUUGAGACCUGAUAAAAAGCACUUUAUUUUUUACACAUAUAAGUGUGUAUCUGAGUAACUAUGUGUUACACAUUAAAUACUCAGUACUCUCUCUUCUCUAAGUACUACUUUGUUUAACACGUUUUUUAAAAUUGAAUUUACUUGAGGGUUUUCCCAAGAGACCCUUUAGUUAAUGCCAAACAUGUAUAUUUUGAAGCUGUGGAGAGAGCUUAAACUUAGAGGGAGCACCUUUUUUUUUUUUUUUUUUUCCUCCACAGGCCCUCCAGUUACCUGUGUUAUAGAAGGCUAUAGAUUUAUAUUUUUUUCAUGCUUGAAAACCCACAAUGUAUCAGUCUUUGCAAAAUGUUGUAGGUCUGGUUCAUCAGUAUACCAGUAAGUAUUUGUGUGUGUGUAAAAGAGUGGCUGUGCAGUGUGUAAAUAUUUUAAAUUAUUAUAAUAGAAGAACAGUUGUCCCCCUCACCCCACUGACUAAUGUCAGUAAGGUGAUAUAAGUGACCCCUAGUGGGGUGCAUAGAAAUUGGAGAUAUAGACCACAUACUGGGCAGGUAAUCUAUAAAUAAAUUCUCAGUUUGUCUCCUAGCCAAAUAUGAUGGGUAGGAUAUUAGAUAGCUAUGUACUGAAUACAGUUGCUGUACUUGCAGAUGCUUGCUUCCCUCUGCUGUACAAGAUGUGUAAAUUUAUCACCAGCAGCUACAAACCAGGCCAGUUUGUUGAAAGAGAUGAGUUUAUCGAAAGAGAUGCGGAAACUAAGAUGAGGAACCAUUUCCUCAGGAUCCCAGUUGUACAGUUCCUUUGUAGUGUUUGCAGAGAUACUUAAAAGAAUUUUAACACAGGGAUCUGUGUUACUGCUGCAUCCCUCCUGAGAGCAUUAUAAAAAUCCUCUUUUCAAGUUACUGGAGAACUUUCAGAUCAGAAGAACCCUGGAACAGAAAAUUAUUUUCUGUAAAACUAAAGAGAUGGGGAAAUUAGUAUAAAUGAUACAGAAAAGUCCACAAGAUUACAGAACUUACAGACAAGAUGAUCUGCUAAAUAUAUAUGGAGUAUUUCAGCUGCACGGCUAAUCACACAGUGUGAAGGUAAAUUGAAAGUGCCAAAACUUAAGAGAAGUUAUAUCAGAUACAUACAAAGAAAUACAGACCUAAUAAACUUAAUCACAACGGUGAAUGUUGCUUCACUAAGCUUGUAUUACAGCUGGAAGUUGAGGUGUGUGAGAAAUAAUCUUAUUUGGAAGAUGUAUCAGAGAAAUGAGUUGUGGAAAUUGCUGUAGAAGGCAAAAGGAGCUUUAAAUAUGUAUAUGUUUACUGUAAACAGAAGGCAGCUGUCAUGCCUGUAGGAGCUUACUCACAGGUGUCUAACACCACAAGCUCUGUAGAAGGCUGUGUAAUGUGAUCAUCAGUAUUUUAAUGCAACCACCAGUCGGCCAUUAACAAUACUGUUUGCUGGCCUUUCUUAAGCUACCCUUGUCUUAAGCUACCCUUGGAUAUUAGUGGCUUACUCAAAAGGGUUUUUUAAGUAUCUUCUAGAACACUCCUAACCAUAUGCUAACAGAGCUUCUAAAAACAGGUGAUGAUAGUUCUCUGUAGUUGUGGAAUCUGACAACUUCCUUAGUAGGCAUGUUGCAGGACUGGCAGAGACUGUGUGCCUAAUCCUUUAUUUUGUGUGUACAGAAGGCUCUAAAGAAGAGUAUUAUAAAAAGAAAUAGUAGGCUCAAUUGCCUGUCAAACCAAAAAUUCUUUUUUUCUUCCUGGAAAACCUGUCUGGAAGAAGAAUGUGCAUAGAGCAUCUGUUAAGUGGAUUACAAGUGGAGAGUACAACCUUUUGUUCUUAUGGUCAAGUUACAGACCUUCAGUAUUGCAUUUCCUUUCAGAUUACUGCUGUACUGCCAGAAAAUAGAUUACCAAUUAUUUACAAUCUCCUACUUUAGCAUUAUGACUACCAUGGAUUUGUUUUAUGAGUUUUGAGGUUGUGCCAGUGUCUGUUUACUUAUAUACACUCCAAAGGAAGCAAGCAAUUCUGCAAGCUUUGUACUGCCUAAUGAGAGUUUCGUUAGUGGACAUGUUUUGAAAAAAAGCCUAGGAGCAUCAUGGCUUUCUUCUCUUCUGAGAAGAGACACACAGCACAGUUUAAAAUCUUGCAUUAAUUUUCUUCAUGUAAAUAAAGCUAUGUUCUUUUACACAGAAAUUUUCAUGCUUUGGUUAUUUAAUGCCCAAGUAUGUCUUGACUGAUACAAAUUCUUUCCUGUCUUUCCUUGUUCCAGCUAUUGAAGACUGCUAUCUAUACAAUAUCCAAACAGGGCUUAGUAACAAUUCCCUUUUUUUUAGCAGGUAUUCUGUGUUUUUUACAAGGCAAGCAUUCUCUGUAUUGUGCUGCUACUUCUCUUCAACUGUAUUCAAAACAAACAGGGAUUGUGGGGAUCAGUGUUGUCCAUUAGAUUUUAUAGUUCUCAUUAAUUACCCUGUUGUGAAGAGCAACUUAGCUACAAGUAUGCAGGUAAAUUUGUGAUGCUGAUGUAAAACAAUUGCAUCUGAUCUGAUUCAGAAUUCUGUAUGUUGGUAAUUGAACUUUGUUGACAUUAAAAGCUGCUAUUACUAAAUUAACUGUGAACAGUAAGAUUGAUUACAGUAUUUGUAGAGGGGUAUAUGUAAGGACUCAUUAACUAGAUAUAAAAAAUGUAUGUCAUAUAGAGUGUGCCAAU